ACAUAAUUCCCCUAUCAGGAUCACUCAACGGUAAAAGAUACACAUCCGACCCUGUGAGACAGUCAGCAACUGCGUCGCCGUGGCUCGACAAAUGGCUUCAAUGAACAACGAGAGCGACCUGUUCACCGGCUUCAGGACCGGCUUCAAGUCUUUUGCGACAGAGGCGAUCCACGUUGGGCAAGAACCAGAGCAAUGGAAAUCUAUGGCCGUAGUGCCACCAAUUUCCCUGUCCACCACGUUCAAGCAGUACGGACCCGGAAAGCAUGCUGGAUUUGAGUACAGCCGGAGUGGAAACCCCACGAGAAAUUGUCUUGAGAAGGCAGUGGCAGCUCUGGAUGGGGCAAAGUACUGUCUUGCUCUUGCCUCAGGUCUGGCUGCAACGAUGACCAUCACUCACAUGCUCAAGGCUGGAGAUGGUGUUGUCUGCAUGGAUGAUGUGUAUGGAGGUACAAAUCGCUAUUUCCAAAGAAUCGCUGCUGAAGUUGGUCUGGAGGUGUCUUUUGCCGAUUGCACAAAGCCACAGCUGCUCAAGGCUGCUCUCAAGCCCAAUACAAAGCUGGUGUGGAUCGAGACCCCCACCAACCCCACCAUGAAAGUUGUAGACAUCAAGACCUGUGCUGAUUUGGUCCACCAACAUAACAAGGACAUAGUGGUAGUAGUGGACAACACCUUCAUGUCUGCCUAUUUCCAGCGCCCCUUGGCUUUGGGAGCUGACAUCUGCAUGUAUUCAGCCACCAAGUACAUGAAUGGUCACAGUGAUGUAGUAAUGGGCCUGGUCUCUGUGAGUCGGGAUGAUCUGUACGAGCGACUGAAAUUUCUGCAGAAUGCCCUUGGUGCGGUGCCAUCUCCCUUUGACUGCUUCCUGUGCAACCGCGGGCUGAAGACACUGCACCUGAGGAUGGAGCAGCAUUUCAAGAACGCCAUGGCUGCUGCCAAAUUCCUGGAGGCAGACCCCAGGGUGGACCGUGUCAUCUUCCCAGGCCUGCCUUCUCAUCCCCAGCAUGAGCUGAUGAAGAGACAGUGCACAGGAUGCCCAGGGAUGAUUACCUUCUACAUCAAGGGCAAACUGGAGCAUGCCACCGCCUUCCUCAGCAACCUCAAGCUGUUUGCAAUUGCCGAAAGCCUUGGAGGAUAUGAAAGUUUAGCAGAGCAUCCGGCCAUAAUGACCCAUGCAUCAGUGCCAGAAAAGGAGAGGAAUGUCCUGGGGAUCAGUGACACGUUGAUUCGACUCUCUGUCGGCCUGGAGGACGAGGCAGACAUCAUCGAGGACUUGGACCAAGCUCUGAAUGCUGCUCAUCCAAAGAAGGUAUAAAACGUCUCCCGGGUGUCCUUGAGGCCGGUGUCGGAGCAGUCGAUGACGCAACAAAGAUGGGGGAUACCUGACGUUUUACAAAGGUGGCAGAUCAACAGAUGGUACCUCAGCCUGAUGCACAAAUAGUGUAGAUGUAUCUUAUCAGGGAGCAACCUGUUCUGAAAAGAAAAGUCAGAAUGAUGCUUUGUGAAUAAUUAACAUCAUUUUUACAUAACUUUCUUUUUAAUGCUAAUUUGAAUAGAAAAAAAAAAACAUCAAUUGUAAUCUUUUAUUUAUCUCAUGGAGCUUUUGCUGUGUUUUUAUUUUUGUAUGUGUUUUGUUUGACUUUUUGUUUUGUUUGGAGGGCUUUGAUGGAGCAAAGUGAUAAAAGGUCCUAAUCAUUCAAAACUGGUAUGAGGGUUUCUGCAGCAAAGCACCAUACAGCAUUUUUUUCCCUUGCAAUCCUUACUCAAAAAUCUGGGAUGGUAGCGUCCUGCUUUGAUGUCAUUUCCAAGCCUGCAGUGCAAAAAAUUUCAUACGUAAACAUAUGUGUAAGCAGUGGUGGACAAUAACAAAUUACCUUUGCUGACAUAUAUUUUUAUCUGUGCUUUACUUGAUUAUUUGUUUUUUGGAAACAACUUUUACUCCACUGCAUUUCAAAGACAAAUAUUAUACAUUGGACUCCAUUACAUUUCUAUGAAGGUUGUCAUUACUUGUUACUUUUAAGCAGAGUUUUGAAGUCAGCUGUUUAAUUUUUUUUCUCUUCUAAAACGCGACUGGGCACACGUAAAAAUGUAAAAGCGGAAAUACCUCAUCCAGCUCUGUGAAACAAGUACAAGCAAGACAUCUGCUUUCAAAGUAAAACUCAUCCGUUCCAUUUUGUUCAUAAAGAGCAAAUAACUAACCCAGUGGUGGUGGUGAAGUACAUUUGUGUAGCAUUCAUGAAGGUGAUUUCAGAAAGUUCCGUAAAUGCAUUGUUAAAACAAUACAGCAAAGUGCUGAUGGACUUUUGAAUAAUUGACUUUUUUAAAGGCAAAUGCUGUUCUUUAGCUCAAGUAAAACUUGACAGAGCAACCUUCACUUGCAGUGGAGUAAUAUUUGACCAGGAUUAUCUAAACUAGAAGUAAUUGUGUCCUUUGUCCACGGCUGUAUGUGUUUAUAGUUUCUCCCUAUCCAUUUCAUUCAUCAUUUUAUUUGGACAUGUUUGAACCAGUGGCAUCCAGAAUUGACCUGAGGGACCACACACAGUCAUUGGAUAUUCAUGACAACAUCACUUUCCUAGGCACAUUCAUACUAUACAGUCCAAGCUCGUAUCGCCACCUAGUGUUCCCAAGUCAGAAAUCUCCUCUUGGCUGUGAACAAAAACAUCAGAGCAUGAAGCUGCCCUCUCUCCACAUCGCCUCUGUCUCCAGUGAUUCUAAGCAGAGUCUCAUUAAUUUAGUUACACAAGCAAAAGAAUCAUUUGAUGCCAGUUUUAUUUGACUAGAACUCAAUAUUCUGUUUCAUCAGGUGUAUGCCCAGUAAAGGGAAAGAGGGGAAACAUACUACCUAAGUUUUAGUCUAAUUCAGGAUAUGAGCAGUGAGAGAGCGUCAGGUGCACACUCGACUCCUGCCUUCUGUUUGAGAACAGAUCUUCUUGGCAAUGAAUAAUGAGGUUGCUAUGAGAUUAUUUCUCAAAAGGGUUCAUGUGCUUCCCUGAGCUCAGAACAAAAAACAAAGUGUCUGCCAGUUCGGGGCACUGAGUCAUGUUGAGGGGUUUGGGGUGGGUGGGGGGUAGGGGUAAUCUGUUGGGAGUGCAGGUUUUACCGAGACGCUCUCUCACUUGUUUGCUCUCAGCCACAUAUCACAUAACUUCCCAAGUACACGCUUCAUUUGGGACAGACCACUCCUGAUCAAUGUCAUUUGUGUGACCACCAAAUCCAUUAAAAUCAGUUUGCUGUCCAAG